AUGGCGAGCAACAGGAAUUAUGACUUUUUGAUCAAGCUGCUGCUCAUCGGCGAUUCCGGCGUGGGCAAGUCCUGCUGCCUGCUGCGCUUCAGCGAGGACUCGUUCACGCCGUCCUUCAUCACCACCAUCGGCAUCGACUUCAAGAUCCGGACGAUCGAGCUCGAUGGCAAGCGGGUCAAGCUGCAGAUCUGGGACACGGCCGGCCAGGAGCGCUUCCGCACCAUCACCACCGCCUACUACCGCGGCGCCAUGGGCAUCCUGCUGGUCUACGAUGUCACCGACGAGAGGUCCUUCAACAACAUCCGGACCUGGUUCGCAAACGUGGAGCAGCACGCCACCGAGGGCGUCAACAAGAUCCUGAUCGGCAACAAGUGCGACUGGGAGGAGAAGCGCGCCGUGUCCACCGAGCAGGGCCAGGCCCUCGCCGACGAGCUCGGCAUCCCCUUCCUCGAGGUCUCGGCCAAGAGCAACAUCAACAUCGACAAGGCCUUCUACAGCCUCGCCUCCGACAUCAAGAAGCGCAUCAUCGACACGUCCAAGAACGACGUCGCGACGGGCGGCGCCGGCGUCAACGUGGCCGGCAGCUCUGAGAACUCCGGGAGCAAGUGCUGCUAG